AUGGGGCAGUCGAUUUUUUCUGAACCCGAAGUAAAAUCUCACGUUCUUUUAAUUGAUCCCGAUAAUAAUGUACCUAUAUCUCGACAAUGGGAUUCCAAGGGUCAUCCCUAUCCGGUUCAAAUAGCCCAAUAUGGUCUGGCUUAUUACUCUUAUUUUAGUAAACUUCGAAACUUCAAAGGCAUUUUAAAUAGGAAGUCCUCAACAGCAGUCGUUGAUAUAAAAUCUCACUUCAGUAAACAAAUGAAAUGUGAUGCUCUGAACAAUGUUUGCUUAUUUGUUGAGGAAACUACGUCUUUGAUAUAUAAUUUGAAGAAUACAAAUGCAAAGCUGACUGGUUUAAUUGCAAGUGGUUUAAAUUGGUCAAAAGAUUCUCGUCUAAUUUUCCGUAUGUCUUUCCUCUCUUCAUUACGUCAAAUUGAAACCCAUUUCACUUGCUCCAAUUUAUUCGGAGAUGGCGCAGUUAUUUUGUCAAACAGGUAUUGGUCGUUAGGAUUUAAUGAGUUAUCAGCCUUGAAGGUUGUCUACUUCUUAAAGCAAUGCCAAAAUGUCACCCUUUUACAAAACCUUGACAUGAUCAUCACAAAGGCCGUCGCUAGUGUCAAACAGGAUCUUCGAGCCAAAUCACUCUUUAGAGGUUUUCUUUUUGGCUCUGAAAUCGACGAAAAAUUUGUUGUCAAUGAAGUUGAGUUCCAAGUUGGGAAAGAAGCUCGAUCAUUGGGUCAGUUGAAUGACCUCCUUUUAUUCAUUCCUAUCGCAAAUGAUCAGAAUGGCGCUUAUGCCGACCAACACUUGAUCGCAAACAAAGAAUUCGCUAGAAGGAGAUUUUUGUCAGCGGCAGAAUGGUUUGUGGAAAAUCAACAAGAAGAUGGCUCUUGGCGAGUCAAAGCUAAACGUGUUUUUACUUCUGACAUCUACCUCAAACCAGGCUGGUGCUCAGCAAUGGGUCAGGUUCGUGCAGCAAAUCUAACAAAUGAUCCCCGUUUUCAAGCAGCUGCUGCUCGAGCCCUGGGGCCAUUUUCUCGUCCAGUUACUCCUAAAAGCGGUAAUUGUGGUGUCCGUGCCUAUUUUUUGGAUCAGAAAACUUUACCAUGGUAUGAAGAAUAUCCUGCGGUUCCGAGUGUCUUUGUUCUUAAUGGCUUCAUAUUCUCCCUAAUUGGACUUCAUGAUCUGAGCAAAGCUAGUCCAGUUGGCUAUGAAAAUGGCUCAAUAGCAACUGAAUUAUUGACGGAAGGAGUAGAGACUUUGGCCCGUGUAUUACCACUCUUCGAUAGUGGGUUUGGAUCCUUUUAUGACUUGAGGCAUCUUAAUCCUGCACAUGCUCUUCGUCUCUCUCCUCACAUCGAGCGAUUGCGUAUGGAGAAGGGUAGAGUGAAUGUAGGUGAUCAAAAUUUGCAAGCUCUACUCAAAGGGGGACCAAAUAGAGCUCGAUGGCAAUAUCACCGAGUACAUCUUCAGCAGUUAUUCCAAAUGGCAAAUGUUAUUGCUCCCCAAUAUGCGAGCACUUGGAACCUCUUCUUCGAUCGAUGGUUAGCUUACAUGUGGGGAUUCAGAUCAGGCCAUAACUGA